CUUAUAUAUUUACAGACUAUAUAUAAAUAUAAUAUAAUAUACCAUUAAAAGUUCAUAUUUCAUCAUAGAGUCAUUCAUCCACGUUAUUAUAACUCUCCUUCAUCCCACUAAUAUAAAAACCAAAUGGAUGGCAAGUUCAUUGGGUUAAUACUUGCUAUAUGUUCUAGUAUCUUGAUUGGGAUAUCGUUCGUCAUUACCAAAAAAGGAUUACAGCGUUGUUCAUCAGAGCAUGGUUGUGCUUCCGAUUCACAUCGUUACCUAAGAAAUCCUAUUUGGUGGAUAGGCUUAUUCACUAUGGUGUGUGGAGAAUUGCUUAACUUUGUCGGUUAUACAUUUGCACCUGCCAUUCUCAUUACACCAUUAGGUGCUUUGAGUGUAAUUAUUGGUGCACUCUUAGCAUCAAUCUUUUUAAAAGAACGUCUUGGUUCAACAGGUAUUAUUGGUUGUUUACUCUCCUUAAUUGGCGCUGUCAUUAUUGUACUUCAUUCACCUGAAGAUCCCAGUGUACAAAGUGUUGAAGAGUUAGUCUCCUAUAUGUUACAACCUGGUUUUAUUGUUUAUUUUAUCAUUGUUAUUCUGGUGACCAUCGUUUUGAUUUGGAAAGCAGUACCAAGAUGGGGUAAGACACGACCGAUUGUAUAUGUGACCAUAUGUUCCUUGGUUGGUUCUUUGUCUAUUAUGGCUAUCAAGGCAUUCGGUAUUGCUGUUCGACUUACUAUUGCUGGCAACAAUCAAUUCACUCAAAUCUCUACCUAUGUUUUUGGUUUUAUGUGUGUGGUAUUUAUUUUAACUCAAAUGAAUUAUUUUAAUAAGGCUUUAGAUACUUUUUCUACCAAUGUUGUCAAUCCCAUUUAUUUUGUCUUUUUUACUACAGCAACUAUUGUGGCAUCAGCUAUUAUGUAUAGUGGUUGGCAUACUUCAGAUGCUAUCAAUACUGUUACAUUGAUUUGUGGUUUUUUAAUUAUUUUUUCUGGUGUUUAUUUACUCAACUCGAUUGCUAGGAAAACAGCUCAUUUAUCCAUUUCUCCUCCUUCGAAUACUGUGUUUACUACCAAUAUGAUUCAUCAUUGUUCAUCAUCACUGGAUGAAGAAAAGGCUAUGGAAAGUAUUGAUUUACAAUAUCAACAACGACGAAAACGUGCUGUUUCUUUACCUUGAAAUUUUCAAUAGAUUUUUUGUUUAUUAUUUAUCAAUAAAGUUUGUCUCUUGUAUAUUAUUAUCAUUGUCUUUUUCUGUCA